AUGCCUACUUAUCGCUUUGAACUCGCCCGCAGUGGCAGGGCUGGGUGCCAGACUGCGGAAUGCAAGAAAGCUGGAGAUAAAAUCCCCAAGAAUGAAUUCCGUGUCGGCACCUGGACUGAUAACGAACGCAUCCAAGCCUGGAUGUGGCGUCACUGGGGCUGUCUGACUCCGAAGAUCAUUUCUCAUAUGCAGGAAUCCAUCCAGAUUGAGGGCACUGAUGAUUACAACUUUGAGCAGCUCGACGGAUUUGAGGAGCUGAGCGAUGAGCUCAAGGACAAGGUCCGUGGUGCCAUUGAGGAUGGCCACAUUCCCGAUGAGGACUGGAAGGGUGAUGUUGAACUGAACCGCCCUGGCAAGACUGGCUUCCGCGUUCGCGGCAAGAAGGCCGACGCUAAGAACAAGGACUCUGGAGACGAGAAGUCUCCCGCGAAGAAGCGCAGCAAAGGUGAUGAAUCUGCCGAGGAAGAGGAGAAGCCCGCCAAGAAGAAGCGUGGCCCCAAGGCUAAAACCGAUGCCGAAUCUGCGACUGCUGCUGCUGGGCGCAAGAAGCCCGGUUCCAAGCCCGGUCCCAAGCCCGCCAACAUUAGCGAUGAUGAAUCCGAAGUCGAGGAGAAGCCGAGGCGUGGUUCCAAGGCUAAGACUGCCGAGAAAGCUGAGGACAACGCUGCAAUUACUGCGGAUGAGCCAAAGAAGCGUGCUGGUCGCUUGCGCACUCGCAAGGCCAACCCUCUUCCUGCUCAGCCCGAUGAUAAGGAGCCUAAGCGCAAACGCCACAACAAGGCUCCUGAGAACAACGACAAACCCAGGGCCAAGCGAGGGCGACCCGCCAAGAAGUCCGAGAAUGGCAACCGAACUGCCGCUUAA